AUGGUUGUCUGGUUUGAUGUUCGAUUACCGGUUGAGCGGAUACGAUUCGAUAAUAUCCACGCAAUAAUUGUUAAUGUUCCCAGUAGCAGUUAUAUUCCAUUGUGGAAAGGUCGACAUUGGUACACUAUCCUUCGACAGCAGGAUACUGGAAGAUUCUUCAAUCUGGACUCAAAGUUGAACCAACCAGAAGAGAUUACCGAUAUCAUCCAGCAUUGUCGUAAUUUACUCAACAGAACGGAAGAUGGAAAUCAGUUGUUUCUGGUUGGAAAAGGUGACUCAUCGCUUUUCCUUCAUCCAGAAUAG